AUGAGUUUAUCUCAAACUCUGAAAAAUAAAAAUUACCAUAUCUAUUUUAGCAAUUACUUUACAAGUACUAAUUUGAUGAUAACAUUAUUGAAAGAUGGAAUUUCUGCCUGUUGGACAAUUCGAAAGGACAGAAAAGGUCUUACUAAAAAUCAAGGAAAAGAUAAAGACAUGAAGAUGGGUGGCAACGAAUACCGUACGUCAAAUGAUGGCAUUAGAUAUUUGAAAUGGGUAGAUAAAAAACCAAUUCAUUUUUUAUCAAAUUUUCAUGAUCCAUCUGAUUUGUCUGAGGUAGAGAGAAGACAAAAAGAUGGUUCAUUGAAGACUAUAGCUUGCCCUCAAAUGUCGAAGGAUUAUAAUGCUCAUAUGGGAUGUCUUGACAAAUCAGAUCAGAUGAAAUCAUUCUAUGAAAUCACAAGAAAAAGUAGAAAAUGGUGGCACUGCUUACUAUGGCACUUCAUAGAUGUCACUCUUGUCAACUCUUUUAUAAUUUUCAAAUUACUCAAUCCUGAUAAAGAUUUGAAAUCGAAAGAGUUUCGUUUAUUAGUUGUAGAUGAGUUGAUAGGACUAAAUUGCCAAAAGAAGCGAGGAAGACCAUAUUCAAAUAAUCCCAAAACUCCUGCUUCAAAAAAAAUCAAAACACCUGAAAGUAUCAGGACGUCAGGACAGAAACAUUUGCCUGGUGUUUAUGAAGGACUCUACCAAAAUUGUGAGUUUUGUAGUACUAAAAACAAUCGACUUCGAUCCCAAUUCUACUGCAUAACAUGCAAUGUGACUUUAUGCAUCAAGUCGAAGAAAAAUUGCUUUGCUGAAUAUCAUAAAUAA